CCAAAAGGUCUACACCAAACGCGUUAGAAGGACGAAGUAUGUUCGAUACAGGGCACCUUUCUUUUUCCACACUCGCAAAUCUCAAAAAAUACUAACAAAAAUGUCGAGAACGGCUUUGCCUAGCCUUGAGAAUUUGGAAGACGAUGAUGAAUUUGAAGACUUUGCCAUGGAAAACUGGCAUAUGAAAGACGCAGAACUUGCAACAAAUGAUGAUACCUUAUGGGAAAACAAUUGGGAUGAUGAAGACGUUGGUGAUGACGACUUUGCCGUUCAAUUGAAGGCUGAGCUCCAAAAAAAAGGUCUUUUAAACAACAAGUAGUAGGUUGUCAAUAUGUACCUUGCAGCACAAUCGAGACGCCCGUAUCAGUUGCUGGUGACUAGUGCUCUAUACAGUAUUUCCGUAAUGACAUGAAAAACCGCGAACGAUUCAAUUUGCCCUAUUGAGAUUUUUCCAUGCUUAAGAAGCAAUUGCUAGGAGUAAAGAUGUAAACACAUGACACGACGAGCAUUUCGGCAAGAGCACAGCGACACAGCCCUGACUGGGUUUUAUUGCUGAAACUUAAUAGCCGUGAUCAGUGCUUUCGUUUAAAGCAUCCUCCAUCAAUUUAAAGGUAGCGCGGACGGGAAGACCAACGAUAUUGUUGUAGUCUCCCUGAAUAGAUUCAAUUAAAAGAGCUCCUUUUCCCUA